CUUUAACAGCAAUUACUUUGUUUCCAUCGUGCCACAUGAUAUCCUAAAAACAAAGGAUGUGUUAUAUUGGAUCUGUUCAUUGUUGUCAACGGGCUAUUCGAAGCGUAUUCAUCAAAACAUUCAGUACCCACGGACUGGUAUUUUGUGUCCGUGCGUAAUGGCAGCUGAAAAAUUGAAAGACGACGAAUUGGUUGUUUUUCGAGAAGCGUUUGGAAAGUUUGAUCCUGAGGAAAGUAAUCAUGUAGCCACUGAAAAUAUAGGAAACGUUUUAAGGGCAGCAGGGCAAGCUCCGACCGAAGCCCAAUUAGAGGAAUAUAAAAAGGAGUUGGACUCAAAGGACAGCGGAGAAGUUGAGUUUCAAGCCCUUGCGGACCUAUUUGCUAAAAUAAUAAAAUCGAGUCUUGAUAUGGAUGAUGAGUUGAACGCCGCGUUCAGGGUUCUGGAUAAAGAUUUAGACGGAGUAAUCAGUGCAUCGGAAAUACGUGAAUAUCUCACAACACUCGGUGAUACAUUAUCUCAUGAAGAAAUCGAUGAAUUUAUCAAAGAUGGAGAUACAAGCGGAGAGGGAAAAAUUAAUUAUACGGAAUAUUGUUUUGCUCUUUAAAAUGACAAUUUAUGAAACUUUUGGUCUUUUGAUGUUGUAUAUAUCAUCUCGCAGUACUCUACAAGUUAUAUCAUAUAAAAAGUCAAGCUAACGAAAGUAAAGUAAACGAUAUAUAUGAAAAAGCAAUCAUCAAAAAAUUAAUUAUGCAGAAAUUUAAAGUAAUUAAGAAAAUGCUGGGGAAUAUAGAUCAACCAAUCUCAAAGGCAUUAGUUAAUUAGCCUGACAGGUUCAGGAGGGCAAAAAUUCGAACUUA